GUUAUGUUCGGUGGUUUAUGUGAAGUGUUUAUUUUUAUGGAAGAAUUUAAAUAAAUAUAUAGUAUUAAACAUGUCUUCGGCAUCUGGUUCCGAUAGUGAAUCUAACAGAAGUAGAAGUGCAAGUCCAAAUACAGGACCAGCACCGACCCCAGGACAUGGAUUAGAUAGAUCGGCAUCAAAUUCACCAGAAUUUGAUAGAAAAUCACAAGAAACAAGUCCAGAUCGUGGCUCUGCAAGAUCACAUAGUCAAUCAAGAUCGAGAUCUCAUUCGGCUGCAUCCAACAAAUCUGGAUCACAACGUUCUGGAUCACCUGCUUCAAGAAAAUCCAGAUCUAAAUCUGUGGUCUCAAACAAAUCCGGAGAUCAGGAUUCGCAAAGAUCCAGGUCUGGCAGUCCAGUUUCUAGAAGAUCUGGAUCGGCAGCAUCCAGAAGAUCAGGAUCAGCCAAAUCCAAAAGAUCCAGAUCAGGAUCUGAAAUAUCAAAUAGGUCCAGGUCCAGAUCCAACUCGGAAAGGUCAAACCGAUCCCGAUCGGGCAGUGCAGCUUCAAAUGCGUCCAAAAGAUCUGGAUCACAAGUGUCACAAAGAUCUGGAUCUCAGGCUUCAAGAAGAUCUGGUUCACAUGUAUCUAGAAGAUCUGGAUCACAAGCUUCUAGGAGGUCUGGGUCACAUGAUUCCAAAAGGUCUGGAUCAAAUAGAUCAAGGUCAGGAAGUGCUGGAUCCAGACAGUCAGGCUCAGCAUCAUCCAGAAAAUCUGGAUCUCAUGGUAAGAGAUCCAGAUCAAGAUCUAAAAGUGUUGAUUCCAAAUUAGGAUCAAGAUCCAGGGAAGGGUCCCAAGACCGUAGUCAAUCAGGAAGUCCAAACUUACAAAUCGACGAUGGCGACGAAUCGCCGAACGAAAAACGGAAACAUUCGGAUUCAGAAGAACGCGAAGCACAAGUGGUCAAGAAAAAAUCCAAAAUCAUUGACACAGACAGCGAACCGGAAGAGGAAACUGCCGAAAAAAGUGUUGCGGCAGCUGACAUUUUCGGAGACGAUGCCGACGAUAUUAGUAGCGAAGAGGAAAAGGAGGAAGAAAAAGACGAGUCCGAUAGAGAUAGGAGGAGGAGCAGGGAUGAUGAAGACGAAAUAAGAAGUAGAGAUGAUGAAAAUGAAGAGAAAAAUAAUAUUGAAGAUGACGUAGAAAAGGAGAACGAGCCUGAACCCAUUCCUGAAACCAGAAUCGAUGUUGAAAUUCCAAAAAUAAGCUGUGAUUUAGGUAGAGACAUAAACUUUGUCAAAUUACCCAAUUUUUUGUCAGUGGAGACAAGACCUUUUGACCCGGAAACAUACGAAGAUGAAAUUGAUGAGGAAGAAACCCUUGAUGAGGAAGGUAGAGCCAGAUUAAAAUUAAAAGUUGAAAAUACAAUAAGAUGGCGAGAUGUCAUGGAUGACGAAGGAAAUGUUAAGAAAGAAUCGAAUGCCAGGAUUGUAAAGUGGUCUGAUGGGUCCUUUAGUCUACAUUUAGGUUCCGAAAUAUUUGAUGUGUACAAGCAACCUUUACAGGGUGAUCAUAAUCAUCUAUUUAUCAGGCAGGGUACUGGUCUACAAGGGCAGGCCGUUUUCCGUACCAAACUCAGUUUCAGGCCACACUCUACUGAGAGUUUCACUCACAGAAAGAUGACAAUGUCCUUGGCUGACCGAUCCCAAAAAACCAGCGGCAUUAAAAUCUUGUCACAGGUUGGAUUUGAUCCUGAUCAUGACAAAGCAACAAAGAUUAAGAAAGAGGAAGAGAAACUGCGUCAAACAUCAAGACCAACUAAGCCUACACGCAGUAAGAAGAAAGAUGACGGACCCAGAGUUCAUAUUGGUGGCUCUGGGGGAUUCACCAGAGAGGAGGAUGGAAGUGAUGAAGAUGCGGGCGGAAUUUCUCUUAAUGCAAUUAAAAAUAAGUACAAACAAGGGGCAACUGCUAAAGGUGGCGCAAUUUACUCGUCUGACGAAGAAGGUUCGGAUAUUGAAGAUAGAAGAUCCAGGAAAUUGGAUAAAGCAAAAGCCCUAAAAGACUCUGAUGAAUCUGAAAGUGAUUGA